AUGCUGCGUCCAAGAUAUCGUCCGGGUUGGAUUCCUUCAUGGACAGGUACGAAGAAAAACCCUGUGUUCUGUGAGGAUGCGAAGACACUUCCAGCACGCCCGCACCUCAUAGAUGCCACUCGACUCUCGGAUGGCAAACUGGUGUACAUCAAGAGAGUUCAGACAGGGGACAACGAAUCACAGCUCGCUACUAUGUUAUCGUCCGAAACUCUGCGCAAGGAUCCGAGGAACAAUUGUGUUCCCGUCAUUGAUCUGUUCCAGGAUUCAGACGAUCCUACCAUUUCCUACAUGGUUAUGCCGUUUCUCCGUCUUGUCAAUGAUCCCCCGUUCACAAUUAUCGAAGACUUGGUAGAUUUCAUUGAACAGAUGCUGCAGGGUCUCGUUUUUCUUCACGAAAAUGGAGUGGCUCAUCGCGAUUGUUCGUACAAGAAUGUUAUGAUGGAUGCAAGUGCUAUGUACCCCCAUGGCUUUCAUCCGGUGAAGGAGGAUUACUUGCCCGAUGGAGAAACCGGAGUAGAACCUCUCCCACGUUCUACCGUCUCCAUCCGGUAUUACUACGUCGAUUUCGGCAUCUCAGUGCUCAUCCCUCCUGACGUCCAUCCUAAACUCACCGUUGGAGAACUCGGUCGAGAUCGAGAGCCGCCGGAGUUGUCGCCUGAUGUCCCAUACGACCCGUUCAAACUCGAUGUCUUUCUCAUUGGCAAUUUAUUCCGACGUCUUCUCUACGAUGAAUAUUCCAAUGUGGAAUUUUUGUCUUCUCUUUUCGGCCCGAUGAUUCGAGAUGAUCCUGCAUCUAGGCCCGAUGCCCAAGACGCACUGCAACAGUGGCACACAAUUCGAAAGGGACUGUCGUUCUUCAACCGCAGGUGGGAGCUGCGGUCUCGUGAGGAAACGCGGAGCACAUUCGUCUUGGAUGCCAUGUGCUUCGUCAAAGUAGCGAUGUACGCUGUCAGGCAGCUGUUCGGAUGGGCUGUAGAUGUUCAAGGGUGA